AUGGGUAAAGUAAAAGUAACAAAGGCAAAAAGUAAUGAUGGUGUUAGGCAAGCACUUCCUUUUAAUACAUCACAUGGACAACAUAUUUUAAAGAAUCCAGGUAUAGUAAAUGCAAUUGUCGAAAAAGCUGUUGUUAAACCAACAGAUGUAGUAAUGGAAAUAGGACCUGGUACUGCAUUAGAAAUUGAUCCUCGAAUGGUUGAUGAAGUAAAAAAACGUGUUCAAGGAACACCACUUCAAAAUAAAUUAGAAGUAAUACGAGGUGAUAGUAUAAAAACAUUAUGGCCUACAUUUGAUUUAUGUAUAACAAAUUUACCAUAUCAAAUAUCUUCACCAUUUGUAUUUAAAUUAUUGUUACAUCGACCAUUAUGUAGGCAUGCUGUUGUGAUGUUUCAAAAAGAAUUUGCAGAUAGACUUGUAGCUAAACCAGGAAGUAAAUUAUAUUGUAGGCUUUCUGUAAAUGUACAAAUGCUUGCAAAAGUAGAACAUUUAAUGAAAGUUAAAAGAUCUGAAUUUAGACCACCACCAAAAGUUGAUUCUGCCGUUGUUAGAAUUGAACCAAAAAAUCCACCUCCUCCAAUUAAUUAUACAGAAUGGGAUGGAAUGUUAAGAAUAAUUUUUGGUCGAAAAAAUAAAACAUUAUCAGCCAUUUUUAGGCAAACACAAGUAAUUGAGUUAUUAGAAAAAAAUUAUAAAGAAUUUUGUAGUUUAGAAAAUAAACAAAUAGAUGAAAAUUUUGAUAUGAAAAGUUAUGUAGAAAAAAUUUUGAAAGAUAAUAACUUUGCAGAAAAAAGAUCAAGAACAAUGACUAUAGAACAAUUUCUUAUGCUUCAACUUGUUUUUAAUAAAGCAGGAAUUCAUUUUAAAUAA